UCCUUCCUUUCUCAAUGGCGAAGCGCCUUCUUAAGCGGCCGUCUCCUUUAAGGGGCGUCUUCUAGCAGCCUUCCCCGCGCCGGAAGCAGGCAGGGACGUCAAUUUCAGCCUGGUAGGAAAGGGUCCCCCCUGUUGCGGGCCGGAGAAGGAGAAAGAGAGAGAAAGAAAGAGAGAUCAAGGCGUUUGCUUGGAGGAGAUGCCGGGACGGAGCCGGGCUCUCUGCUUGGCCAGACAUUCCUAGAAGCCUUCGUGGUUGAGACUUCUGGGAGAUGAAGACCAAAACAUGUUCAUAUACCGUAUAUAUUCAGGUUAUAUUUGUAGUGUGCAACUAGAGAAGAGCAGAUGCUGAGAGCAAGUUCUUGCAGCUGUCCGCUUCCGUCCGUUUUGGCCUACUAUGAUGGAUGAAUGGAAACCCAACCCACCAGCCAAGCCAUGGAAGAAGCGCAGCUGGUUCCUGGCCUGGAAGUACAAACUGACAAACCAGAGGGCACUAAGGAGACUGUGUCAGAUGGGAGCUGUGGUCUUUUUACUGGUGACCGUCAUAGUAAACAUAAAGCUGAUCUUGGACACUAGAAGAGCAGCUAAUGAAGAGGAGGAGUCUGCUCAGGAUUAUGAUGAAGGCCUGCAGAACCCAGAGAUCCCACGCCGACCUAUUAAUAACAGGAAAGUUCUGGAUAUAGAGGUGUACUCAAGCCGCUCCAAAGUCUAUGUGGCAGUGGAUGGCACAACGGUUUUAGAAGAUGAAGCACGAGAGCAAGGCAGAGGCAUCCACGUGAUUGUGUUGAAUCAGGCUACAGGCCAUGUGAUGGCAAAGCGGGUUUUUGACACCUACUCACCGCAUGAGGAUGAAGCCAUGGUCCUUUUCCUCAACAUGAUAGCCAGAGGCCGAAUACUUAUUUUCACAAUUAAGGAUGAGGGCUCCUUCCACCUUAAAGACACAGCAAAGAGUCUUCUGAAGAGCCUAGGGAGCCAGGAUGCUGCUUCCCUCAGCUGGAGGGACAUGUGGACGUUUGUGGGGAAGAAAGGAGGUGAAGUAUUUGGUGAAAAACAUGCCAAGUCCCCAAUGCUUUCCUCAUGGGGAGAGCCAGUGUUGUUGAAAACUGAAGUCCAGUUAACCUCAGUAGAAGAUGCAGAAUGCCACUGGCCAGAUACAGAAUUGAAUCGACGACGGAAACAGUUCUGUAGCAAGGUGGAAGGCUAUGGCAGUGUCUGCAGCUGUAAGGACCCCACACCUAUAGAGUUCAACCCUGAGCCACUCAAAGACAACAAGGUUUUUGACGUGCCUGUUGCUGUCAUUGCGGGGAACAGACCGAACUACUUGUACAGAAUGCUACGCUCUCUUCUUUCGGCGCAAGGGGUUAAUCCUCAGAUGAUAACUGUCUUUAUCGAUGGAUAUUAUGAGGAGCCAAUGGAUGUGGUUGAAUUAUUUGGCCUGAAGGGAAUUCAGCACACUCCUAUCAGCAUUAAAAAUGCCAGAGUUUCACAGCACUACAAGGCGAGUUUGACUGCAACAUUCAACUUGCAUCCGGAUGCCACACUUGCUGUUGUAUUGGAAGAAGACCUGGAUAUCUCCAUUGACUUCUUCGGCUUCCUAAGCCAGUCUGUCUAUUUGCUGGAGGAAGAUGACAGCUUGUACUGCAUCUCUGCUUGGAAUGACCAGGGUUAUGAGCACACAGCUGAGGACCCUUCACUCCUGUAUCGCGUGGAGACCAUGCCAGGCUUAGGUUGGGUGCUGAGAAAGACCCUCUACAAAGAUGAGUUGGAACCCAAAUGGCCAACACCAGAGAAGCUCUGGGACUGGGACAUGUGGAUGCGAAUGCCAGAGCAACGAAAAGGCCGUGAGUGCCUCAUCCCAGAUGUAUCUCGUUCGUACCACUUUGGCAUUGUUGGCCUCAACAUGAAUGGUUAUUUCCAUGAAGCUUAUUUCAAAAAGCACAAGUUCAACACUGUUCCCAAUGUACAGCUUAAAAAUGUGGAGAGCUUAAAGAAAGAUGCCUAUGAAAUUGAAAUCCAUCGGCUCCUCAGUGAGGCAGAGGUUUUGGAUCACAGCAAGAACCCCUGUGAAGAUUCUUUUGUACCUGAUACUGAAGGAAAGAUCUAUGUGAUGUACAUCAAAAUGGAGCAGGAGGCAGACUUCACUACCUGGACUCAGCUUGCCAAGUGCCUCCACAUCUGGGAUCUAGAUGUCCGUGGGAACCACAAAGGCCUGUGGCGGCUCUUUCGAAAGAAGAACCAUUUCCUGGUGGUAGGAGUUCCUGCCUCUCCAUAUUCAUUUAAGAAACCUUCUACAGUGAUUCCAAUUUACUUGGAGCCUCAAGCUAAGGAUGAAGCAGUGGGAGCCAUAGCAGCAGGAGCAGAGCAAACGUGAAGCCAAGCCUAGAGCAUUGUCCAUUAUGCCUUCGCCGCCUGCUGGGAAAAGAGGCACUGGAAGCCACGGCGUUCUGUGGGAUCUGUGUGCUGUUUUCACAAAUGGACUUGAGAACCAAGGUCAAGAUAAACAUGGCCUCUCUCCCUGCUGGGUGCUGAUAAGCUGCCCUGGGAAGACCAUCCCAGGCUCCUUCAGUAUUUUUCUAUGCCACCGCACCAACUUGAUUGUCUCAUUUUUAACACUGAUGCUUUACUAAUUUUGGCCACCCUUUCCCCAAAUUGGGGGUUAGGCCAGAGGAGGAGCUAUUUACAAGGGAUUGGUUCCUUUUAGGAGCUCUUCCCACGUUACUAUUUCAGGAUAUUUUUAUUAUUAUUUAUUAACUCUGUGUUGGCCAGUAUCCUCCUAAAGGAUGCUGCCCAGCAUCAUAUUUCUGGUGGUUUUCAAGGUGGCGUUAUGAUGGGAAUUGAGGCCCUUGAACUCCUGUGGAGACAGCAUUCAAACUAAGAAAAUUGUGACCCUGGGACACAUCACCUGAACUUGGAAAAUCCUUUUGAUCCAGAGGUGGAGGCUUGGCCCUGAUAUGUGUAAUCGGGAAGAGGAGUCCUGUAUUAGUACUAUGGAUUAUCCAUCAGUUGGUAGGGAUUGUCAUACAAGAAAGUAAACUUCUAGCCUUUGUGUUUCUCUUUUGGUUCUCUGACUUCCAACCAAGGCAUCUUUCCUUACUGAAACUCUUGGAACACUCCAGGCUGGCAGCAACACAUGUAGAGGCUUGGGUGUGAGGCUUAGUGGUGCUGCUUUGCUGCAACUGCAGUGUGGCUUGUCAUAAGAAGAGCCAGGAGGGGUUUAGGCAGAAGUACAAAAAGUGCCUUGAGCAAGCAAGUUUUAGCCUAGGAAGCUUUGCCAGCUCCAUUAAGGCUCAAAUGAACUAAUCUGACCAAGCCUUAUUCCCAUUUGGUACUUUAGGACCUGGCUUCUCAAGGCUUGAAAACCCAGACCAGGGAAAACAAUUGUUCUACAUGUGGCCACCCACAACUGAUUGUUCGUACUGCUAAUCAGGUCAUGCUAGCAAGGGAGCUCCCUCCUGCCCUCCCCUGUGGAGCUUGACACAAUUCAGAUCCUAUUCUGAAUUGAAUUGAAGCCAGAUCUCUUCUUUCAAGGGUCAGAUUACUGAAUCCUGUUGGUCAGAAGGAAGGUCUGGAGGUGCAAAUGUAUCCUUGGGGACAUUGGAGCAGGUGGCUUCAUAAGAAAAAGGUUCUUCUGGAUUCCAGAAUGAUAAAAUGGAGAGGGAUGGAAGUGUGGCAAUCCAGGUAUAAAAGGGGGAAUUGUAGUUUCCUCUUCCUGUGCCUUAUGAGAUGAGAGAUGUCCUUGGAUCUGGAAUGUAUAUUUCCAUAGAGUGAUUUGGUGAGCAAUGAAGGAAGGGGACACUGCCCACUAAGGGACAGUAAGAUUCUUGAUUGAUACAAAAGGUACCAAGGUCAGCCAACUCUCUUCCAAAACAAAGAUCCCUUUCAAAUUGUCUUACUUCUUGUUGAUCAGGCUUUUCUCCAUGCUUCAGUCCCAGGACUUUGUGUUGGAUGUCAUAAGGAAAUGAUUUUAAUCCAGGUUGUUGCAACAAGGCUAUGGAUCUUAGAGAUGUUUUACGUAUGAAGAAAUUGUGCUGAAGAAUGGAUUAGGUACUACCAAAUGAAAAUAAAAUAAGUGUUUCCAUUGCAACUGUAACUCAAAAGACAAUGUCGUCCCCUUUACUUGAGAUGGUUUCUCAUCCUUCACACAUAAAUCCAGAGGCCACACACCACUGACUUUAUUACACAUUGUGGAGAAGAUGUCAUUUCUUCUCCAUAAUGUGUGAUAGAAGUACAGCUGUCACUUUUUCCUUGCAAUUUGUUUCAGAAAAACACUUUGUGGUUCCUUACACUUGGAAGCAAAAUGUUGGGUGCUCUGCUUUUGUCUGUUCCAUCAAUGCAAUUAUGCUGAAGUAGGUUCUGAGAAGGACAAGGUUAAUCCAAAAACAAUUCAGUUCUUGAUAGGAUUUGGCUUUACAUUUUUUUAAAAAGAGUAAUGGUUUCUGAGAAGUUCUGCCUCAGAGCAGGUCGCAUUUUCCAGACAUACAGAGGCCCUGCAUUUGAGGGAAACUUAUAAUAUUACUCAAUUGCUUGUCAUUUCUUUUAUCCAAAUGUGUAUUAUAGAGUUCAUUAGGAUGAACAUGAUCCCAUAUUAGCUCUCUAGUGUUGUGGGUUCUCGAGAGAUUCAGAGUUAUUUUGGACUAUGAUACCCAAAAUCCCCAACCAACAUGGCUGCAUGUCCAAAACACGGACUUCUUCCAACCCUGCCAUCUUUUCAAAAGACAUAAUUAGGAGCUGACUUCUAAAAUUCAUGGUCCCUGCCUGUUCCUAUCUUUUUAAAAAACAUCUUCCUGUAGGUUUAUUUUUUUAUAAACAUCAGGAAAGAAGAGCAUAGUUUCCUGGGCUGAGGGGUCAUUUUGCAUGUAGCUAGGAAGAGAGUAGGGAUGACUGUUUUUUUGUUUGUUUGUUUUUUAAUCCCUUUGUGUGUAUGUGUAUUUGCCACAAAUAAAGGUGGUGGAAUUUCUUGCAAA